ACAACAAGAAGGUUCACCACGUGGACCUGAUCCCUCAGGAGCAGCUGCUGGCCGUCAUCUCCGGGAGGAACCGCCACGUCCGCCUCGUUCCCAUGGCAGCGCUGGACGGGCGGGAGGUGGACUCCUACAAGCUGGUGGAGACCAAGGGCUGCCAGGCCGUGGUGUCGGGCCCGGUGCGGAACGGCUCGCUCACCUGCCUCUGUGUGGCCAUGAAGAGACAGGUUAUCUGCUACGAGGUGAACAAGACCAAGGCCCGUCACCGCCGCCUGAGGGAGCUGCAGGCUCCGGGCCCGGUGCAGUGGAUGGGCCUGCUGAGCGAGCGCCUGUGCGUGGGCUACCAGGCGGGCUUCACCCGCUACAGCGUGCACGGCGACGUGGCGCCCGUCAGCCUGCUGCACCCGGACGACCACACGCUGGCCUUCAUCUCCCAGCAGGCCCUGGACGCGCUGUGCGCCGUGGAGAUCUCCACCAAGGAGCUGCUGCUGUGCUUCGCCUCCAUCGGCGUCUACGUGGACUCCCAGGGGCGCCGCUCCAGACAGCAGGAGCUCAUGUGGCCCGCCGUGCCCCUUUCCGCAUGCUACAACGCCCCCUACCUGUCAGUGUACAGUGAGAAUGCUGUGGACGUGUUUGACGUCAACACCAUGGAAUGGAUCCAGUCUAUCCCUCUGAAGAAGGUGCGACCCCUGAACAGUGACGGCUCCCUGAACCUGUUGGGAUUGGAGACGGUCAGACUGAUCUACUUCAGAAACAAGACAGCAGAGGGAGAUGAGCUGGUUGUGCCGGAGACGUCUGAUAACAGCAGGAAGCAGAUGGUUCGUAGUCUUAACAACAAGAGACGCUUCUCCUUCAGAGUCCCAGAGGAGGAGAGACUGCAGCAGAGGAGAGAGAUGCUGAGAGAUCCAGAGAUGAGGAACAAGCUGAUCUCCAACCCCACCAACUUCAACCACGUGGCCCACAUGGGUCCUGGAGACGGGAUCCAGAUCCUCAAAGACCUUCCCAUGGAGAGCCGGGCUGGGUUCAGUGGCUCCGUCAGCAUCCCUUCCAUCACCAAGAACAGGGCGGAGCCUGGCAGGUCCAUGAGUGCUAUUCCAACGCUGCAGUGA